AUGGCCCGCCUCUCCUCCAUCGCGCUCGUCGCGCUCGUCUUCGCGUUCGCCUUCGCCGGCGCCGCGAACGCGCAGGGCGUCCCCCGUCCGACGACGGAAGCCGCCUCCGGGCGCGGGUUCAGGGACAGCUACUACAAGGAGCCCAUCAAGGAGCCCUACUACAAGGAGCCCAUCCACCACGCGUGCGUCGGCGUCGAGAUCGCCAAGGACGGCGAGACGUACUCCCCGUGCGGCAAGUUCGACAAGUGCUGCGACGGGUUCUUCUGCCGCGUCGACGCGCCGCUGUUCGCGAAGCUUCCGUACAAGGAGAUAACCGGACCGGUCGACUCGCUCGCCCAGGCGACGUCGAACUUGAACCAGUGCUGCAUCCCUGAGGAUGCGCUGGACGUCACCGAGCUCGUCUGCCCGGCCGAGUUUUUCGAUUCUACGGCCGGCACGUGCAGCCUCAACGCCGCUAACAAUGCUGGGUACACCUGGGCCGGCACCGGCGGUUCCGCUCUGAACGAGCUCGCGUGCCUUUGCUGCGACGGCGUCAUCCGCAGAGACGGUUACCGCAACAACGCGAAGAUCACCUGCAACGUACCCGGGACAGGCAAUGCUGGCGGCACGUGCCCCCAGCCCGCUCCUUAA